GUCAGUUUCAGUGUUGUGAUUUUAAUUGUUAAUGUGCCUGGUAAUAGUGGUAAUUAAUUGACCUAAUAUCAUGAUGUGUAUGUGCUAAAAUAACUUAAAUUUUUUGGGAUUUACUCGACUUGUUACUAAAGUGUAUGGUGAAUCGGUGUGGUGAUGGUGUAUGAUGAGAGGACAAGGCUGUGUACCAGCUGACCCGACAGUCUUGGGCUCACUAUGAGUGGGCCCCGACUUCCCUCCGAUCCGCCCCUGCCAGAGAAAGAACCUCUCAAGUUUGAGACUUCUCACCUGACAGGGGCUCCGGAGGAGGUGGUGCAGCUGGUGAAUAAUAUCAAAGAAGUAGGGGAGCAAUUCCUGUACCACUGGAAGACAUUCCCUAUUAUUCUGCCAGCUCCAGUCAAUGCUACAGGUCCUGCCCACACUCACAAUAACACCAACAAUGCCGACAUACCUUACAUCACUGGAGGUGACACAUGCUGCACGCUGGCGAGAAGGCAGCACCGUCCAACCAACCUUCGUGAUCUUUUUGUCGCCCCCAGUUUUGACGAGCUUGACGCGGUCGCCGUGGAUUCUAGCGGAGAACCAAGGCGACUCACCGGAAAACAGCUGGAGAGCCUUAGAGAGAGAGGUCUGCACAAGGACAAGUAUGGGAAACCUAAACGGCUGACAGGGAAUCAGCUGGAAACUAUUCGUCGGACUGGGGAGUUUGAAGUUCCGAGUCUCAACUUCGCUGGACAGACUCACAAAUGGAGGUUGAGCUGGAUGUUACAGAAAGGCUGUGAGAGAUCUAGAGCGACGUUACUGGACGACCUUGCUCUCGCCCUCAGGUUCAUCUUGGUGACAGCCCGAGCUAGACUCACCAGUCAUUUCUUCAGCGUCGCCCAAGCUGUCAAAAGCCUCAUUACAGGGACCUUGAAACUUCUAGACAUAUUGGUAGGAGUACCAUCCCUUCAAGCUCACAACUUGGAGGCCAAAUUGAGGGAAGAAAGGUGUCGAUAUCUGGCUGCUGAACUGGUUUGUCGGCCAGAGUUUGAAGAUUCGUUGGAGUCACUGUGUGGGUUUGUCCGUAGACAGCUGCGUAGAGCUGCCACCGAGAAGUUUGAGGUGGAGAGGGAGUCUUGUCACCCUCCCGUCCCAAUACCCUACCUCUUCCUAACACCCAAGGGAAGUGAGCUGGACUUGCGACUGUUCAGUAGGGACGUGAUGAGACACGCACUGCCCAUCCUUGUCACCAUUCUGGAGAGGGAGACUCGUGGGUGGUUCCUACACUUCCGGGAGAGGCUCAUCUCCGAACUGAGGGCGCAGAAACUGCCUGACGAUGAGAUAGAGAGGGAGGUUAACCAGGCGGUGAUGCGGGAGUAUCUUCAGAGGGUGUACUCAAGUAUACUCGGCAACACUGAGCUACAAGCUUUGGGAGAAGGAGUACCACAACUGUUGGUACAACAAGCUCAGAGUGUUGUGCUCAUGUACAGAGCUGUGGAGAAUGUUCAGUGUAAGCUGCGCAAGACGAAGGAAACGUUGACCCAGAGUCUACAAUACACUCAUCCCAUCCUGAGUAGGAUUGGUCCUUGGAUGAGAGACAAGCUGAGGAGUGCAGAGGAGAAAUUUAUAGAGGAGUGCAAGUGGAGCGCACACGAAGAGGCUUUGAUGUUAUGCAACAACCAGCAUCUGCAGCAAGCCGUGUACUUUCUGCACAGAGACCUUACGUUCAUGAAGGAGAGAGAGCCAGUUCUGCUCAAAGAGCUGCGUAAGGUAAAGACCCCCACACGGGUGUUUCAAUGGCGCACCCAGAUUUGGUUCCCCCGCAACUGGGUGGUGCGCCGUUGUUUCCAAGGCACCAGUGAGGUAGUUCCCACAGUGCUUAGCGGGACUGCCACCAGCAUAACAACACCCCGGAGCGAUCCUAGUCAGCCAGUGUUCCUGGUAGAGAAGGAGAUGGUCCGUACGACCACCACCAGAUGGCCCAUGUGGAGGUGGAUCAACUACUGCCAUCGUACUUGGAGCUUCUCCUGGAACGCCAUGUUCUUCUUUGGGGUGGUCGUGCCGUGGUGCAGUCCUGUGUCUUUGAGAGCGUUGUUCUGCCUCGCUCUGUUUACACCUGACCUAGAACUCUCUCAGGUCAAUGGAACUCUCUUCCCUCGCAAAAGUUCGCUCACCCCAACUCUAUCGUCUAGACUUCUCUCUCUGUGGAGGCAUAUCUCAAAAAGUAGGACACACUUUGAAACAAAACCUGAUACAGGCUUUAUAGGUAAAGGUUUGACAAGGCAACUGAACAGAGUCUGGAACUACGGAGUGAAAGGCAUGAUGGGAACUUUAGCUCUGGUCGUGAUAUUUCCAGCUAUCUGCUUAUUAGUCAGCUUACUUAGUUUGCUGAUAGCAGUCACUGCGUUCCUAUGGAUGCCGGUGACCGUUUUGGUUCUACACCUGGUUAUGGUGUUGCUAUGGGAUCUGGACUGUCCAGUAACUACAAGACCUAAAUAUCUUGUCAUAUUGCAGGCCCUGGUGUGGGACGUGGGCAUCCUAGGGUUGCUGCAACCAAUUGCAGCUCUCACAGUUGCAUUGGUCAUCUGCCCUAUCAUGUCCUGCACUGUAGCUACUGUGUGUAUCCUGAGGUACUGGUUGAGGUUAGCCUAUGACUCGCUCAUGUUUCACCUGCUCAUCAAGAAGAGAGCCAGAGUCCCAGCCUGUGAUGGUUUCCUCAUCAAGAGAAUUGCUGGUCCCGGUUUGACCUCUGAUUAUUACUAUCAGAUAAGGCCAGAGCAGGCAUUGGCUGCAUUUGAAGCCAAACUGGAGCUUGACGAACUUACCGCUUAUCAACACCAGAUGGAGCAGAAGAUUCUUCAGCCUCAGAAAGACUUCAGCCAGUUUGUGGAGGCGUGUUUUGGUCCGUUCUCUGCGACGUUGGCCCGCACGGGUCCUUACAAGACUUUGGAAAGAGAAGCUCAGGACUUGCUCACAUGUCUACACGAGAAGCUUGAUAAGCGGAGACGAGAAUUGAGCUGCGGCCUGGCUCCCACAGUUCGUGCUAAGCUCAAGCUCACCAGACUCGACUUGAAGAUUGCCAUACAACAGGCUGCAUUGAUGAUGGAGCGACUAUACCCAGGGGGUGUGUGCGGCAGAUGGGGCAUUGGUAGCGAGGAGGAGUUUUGGGAGAGUAAAGGACUAAGUGCCCAUGACUGGCCGGGUUUGGCUGGUUUAAUAUACACAGACAUCUUCAGUCUUGACUUUCUCACCCCCUUGGACGACCAAGACACCAAGUUUAAAUUGGAGCCGGCCUCCCAUGUAGACUUGUCACGCUACUCAGAGCUUGUCAGGUCUGCUGAGCUAGGUGCUGGUUGUCUGGAUUUGUUGGGACCUGUGUACGCUCCUAGAGGAAACAUACAAGUCCACUCUCCUUACCUGGACGUUGCUGCAUUCAACCCCAGAUACAAACCCGGGGCUUGUAGCAAGCAGAGAGAAACUUCUGCAACUCCAAACACCAAGUCGCACUCAGGAAGUGCGAGAUCAAGAGCUACUGGCUGGGAAUGUUGGCACCCGUGGAAGCGGCGCUGCCAACCUUACAGCGCUGACAAGCUGGUGAUCCCGCUUCCAGUGCCUCACCCGGCGCACAUCGCCGUGGCUAUACACAACCGUGACACGGACGACGUCAUACCUCUGGACUCCGAGAUAUGUCAGGAGAUAUUGAGGGCAGUGGAAGACAGUAGCCAGGAGUGUGUAGAGGGAGUAGCGAGGUAUCGUGGUGGAGGCGUCGACAGCAGCUUUGACUCUGUAGAGUCUCGUAGUUGUGACUCUGAAGAGCCACCAGCUCUUCAGCCCCCCACCCCGUCCGCACCCCCUGCACCUCCUACCAGCUUCAACUGGAGACAGGGAGAGUGGGCUAACCCGACUCGUCGGAAGCGCAACUCGGGUACAGUUCGGGUGGACUUGGCUUCACCCGAGGAUGUAUCUCUGGACACAGACUCCUCCCGAGUAGUCUUCAGCAGCUACGGCACCACAGUUUAGGGUCAAACUACUACAGGCCUAGGCUGUCAAUGUUAAGAGAUACAGUAUUUUGUUGUGUAUACAAGCAGCAGGAAUAAUCAAUUUAAAAUUUAUUAGAGCUGUUGUGUGAAAGAUUACGGCCAGUAAGUUACAGCUAGGUAUCUGACUGAUUAAGGAGUUGGUUUUUAACACUUUUUCCUUAACUUUAUUUUUACUAAUCCCCGAGUAAUCCCCUUGGUUAUAUACAGCAAAAUGAGGACCAAAAUUGGUCUAUUCAACCAAAAGAGGACCAUUAUUGUUUUUAUUCAGCCAAAAGAAGCUAUCUAAGUCCAAGACAGUAGAUACAACUUGUUUUAUUUAUUCCAAAACUUCAAAUUCUUUAAUCCAACUGUAUUGCACUAUUUUUUUAAUAUUGUUGACAAUUAAAUUCACAACCUAGGCCUCAAGAAUAAUAUAUGAGACUUGUAAAUAUAAUUGUAAUCUACAUUCAUCGUAAUGACAUAGCUUUAUAUUUAACAUUUUAGCAUAAGUUUUAAAUUAGGACAUUAACGACAGUAACAUUUAAGUUGAGUUUGGUCUAUAUAUGAUCAGUUUUAAAAUCAGAGGAAAUUCUAAUAAUGAUCAUAACUGCAUUAAGUUCCUAUCGGCAGCUAUUGUUUUUAAACAGUUUUAUUGAUUUUUGAUUGUUUUGAUUGACCAAUAUAAUGAAAACUAAAUGACAACGACAGUUUAAAGCAAAUUUUAUGUGAUUGUAAGUUAUUUCUUACAAAAAAAUUAAACUACCUCUAUCUGUUUUCAUAUUUGAAAUCAUCAAUUUCCCUUGUUCUUCUGAUUUUUACACAAUCAGUUGAAACCAAGUAUCAGGAUCCAAAGUAUUUAGGGAUUUCAGGUGAUUAUGAUUGUAAGUGGUAGCUUAUUUAGUUUAUAAAAUGAUUUUUUUAUUUAAAGCAUUCAGGAAAUAACAGUCUUAAGGUUUUACCAAAAGUUUAUAAAAUUGCUAAAUUAGUUUUCUACAUAGUUACAAAAUCACCUAGGUUUGCUCCAAAUUGAUUGAUAAAAUACAGUAGACACCCUCUUAUCCGGACUGCGAGGCCAGUCUGGAUAACGGUUUUUCCGGUUAAACCGACAUCCCCAAAAGCUCGUUAAAACUGACCACUUAAAUGCAUGCUUCCCAAAUAUUUGAAUCAAAUUUAGGAGAGCAUUGUGUUUAAAUACACGUUGUCUCAAAUCUUUCCCACGAGAACAGUCGUUUCAGUACCAAAAGUUGUCCCGAUAAGAGGAAGUCUACUGUAGUAUUAAUAACAGUUAGUGGUAUAAAAUUGUUUUAUCACUAAAAUAUGAUAUAGCUCAUUGUUCUUAUCUAAUCUAUCAGGAUAAAGGCAUCCUCCACUUCUCUAAGCUUGUCAUGCAAAAUUGAUACUGUACAAUUUUACAAAUACUGUAGCAGCACACACUUACAAUUGAAAUUACUUGAUUUGUAAAUAGUUUGAAGACAUUGAUACAUACAUAUCUUAAUAUCUUCAGAGUAAAAUGUCAAAGAGUUUCAUAAAGGUUGCAUAAUGUUAUAACAUUUUAACAUUACUAGUUUAACAUUACACAGUUUAAUUAGUUUUAAUUAUUAGAUAGCAUUAAACCAAAUAAUAAUGUAGUCGUAAUUUUAAGUUUUAAAAAAUCGGUUAAAAAUCUGUGGUUGUAUACUGUAUUUAUUAUUAAUAUUUAUAUUUUGUAAGAUGCUUCCAUUGUGUAAGCUUUACUUAUUGUUAUUACUAAAGGUUUUAAUCUAAAAAUUACCUUAAAAGUCUGGUUAGCAAACUAAUGUAUAAUUAAUUUAGUGAUUUUAAAAUUAGUUGAAUAUUUUCUUUUUUCUAUUUUUUGGAUUCAGAACAAAUUUAGAACAAAAGUGUGGAAGUAGUUGUAAUAUUAUAAACUUUAUAAUAUUUUAUCUUUUAUAUGUUUUUUUUCUUUUAAUUUUUUAAUUUUAGUGUAGUAUGUUAUAGUUUUUUACAACAUACAUCAACAUUAUUUAUUCCUUUCCUUGCAUUCAAUAUGUUAUUCAUAUUUUAGCAUUUUAAUGAAGCAAAAUUAAUUGUGUUUGAAGUUUUUUUCUAAUUUGACUUAUAAUUGAGGAUUAAAGCUUAAUUGAUAAUUGUUUUACUGUACAUGAAGAAACUGGAAUAACAUUGAUGAGUGAGCGAACACAUUUACUUGAAUUAAUUUAAUUUAAGGUAUCGAUCAACCCUUUAUUAUAGGCCCCUAACUUAUGCUAAAUCUCUCCUUUUUUUGCAACCAAAAAAACAAUAUGUUCUGGAAAAACUAUUUUCCUCUAUAUUUUUUCCUUUCUUUGUUGUGCAAACUGCAUUAUUUAUUAUGUUAAUAGGCCAAAAAUAGUUUUUUUUUUAACAUUGAACGGUUUUGUAGACUAAACAUCACUUAGUGAUCAAAACAUUAUUGAAGAUUAUAAGUCAUAAAAAAUGCCAUAGUAGCGUUUGUAUUUUCAACUAUAAUAUUGUAUACUGCUGUGAUUUUUUCUAUUUAGUUUAAAAAAAUAUUAGAAGUAGAAAUCUGCCAUAAAUAGUUUUUUGAUGUAGACAGCAUGUACAUUAUAACACAGUAUAAGGAGAACACUUUUAGAACUGUUAUUAAAUAUUUAUGUUCUCAAAACAUAUUCCAUUAUUGUAUAGAAAGAGCAAAAUAUUAAUUAGAGAUAGAAUUUUUAUAUUUGUUGCCAUCAAUGUUACUCGUAGACAUAGUGUAGCAAUAGUUAAGGAUUAUAAUGGAACCAAAAUGUGUAAAGCAAGAUUUACUGUGUAUAAAGGUGCUUCAUAAUGCAUUUAUCUCUGAAUCUCUGAUAGUUUUUGUUUCAGAUUCAAGGUAAGAGAUGGAUUGUACCUAUACAUUUUUCAAUUUAUUAGACCCCCCCUUGUAUUCUAUCAUUUACUAAGCACUAUAAUUUUAAAGAGAGAGAUAAAAUUUGCCUGUGGAUUAGAAAUUAUCAAUGAUAUUACCAUUAAAAAUUUACCAGUUCUAUGGAGUUAUUAUGAUAGUUAUUAUGAUACCAGUACUAAUUAUGAUACUGUGGUAUGGAUCAAUGUUUUUACAAAUGGUUAUACUGCCUAUUUUUUUAUAUCAUCUCAAAAAUUAACACACAUAAUUUAGCAACAUAUGUUUUAGUCACAAAAAGUUGGUUAACUAACCAUUCUCGUAUUAUGUAUGCAAUGCUUCAUGAAAAAGAAAUAAAAUAAAACUAUCUAUGACAUUAUACUUGGAGAGUAAUCAUAUUUACAUGAAAGAAUUCCUUAGUGCAAUUGACUGUUUUGAAUACAGUAUACAUGACAAAAUUCUACCAACAUUGAAAAGUCUUUGUUGUGAAGUACAUUUGAACAAAGUGUUUGCAAUAUUAAGGUUAGUGUGUAAUUAUAUAUUUAAUGAAAUUCAAUUUACAAGAUUUUUCGCUAAUGACUUUUGUAUAAUACUUAUCUGUUUGCCACACAUAAUAAAUAGUGUAAGAAAGCAGACAAUUCUUUGCUCACUAACAAAACAACACUUAUUUUCAUCACAAAUGAAACGUUUUUAUUUCUUCAAUGGAUUUUUGACUGUAAAUUAUUAGCUAAGCUACCUCAUUAAAUCUUACUUUCUCUAAUGAAAAAAACUGCUCAUUUUGUCUAAAAGUUUUUGAAAAAAAAAUAAAAGACAAAUUAAUGUAUUAUUCUUUACCUUUAUCGGACAUUAACCAAAUCUUGACCCAUAUGACGAGGCCAUUUGUUAAAUUUCAGGCUUAUCAUUUUUUAUUAUUAUUAUUAUAUUUUUUAUUUUUAUAAUUUGGAUAAACCAAGGCUAUCUGCCCUUUUAUUUUUUCUGUAUAAUGUUCUAUUCACUUUGCUAUUUUACUAUGGUUAAUGUUUUAAUAUUUAUGUGCAUUUAUACCAUGUUUUGUAUGUUUGUACAGCUUAUGUGAACACGUCGCUGUCUAAAUAAAUUCUAUCAGAAACUUA